AAAAAAAAAAAAAAAAAAAAACAGCCUACUUUCUCCGUCACGCGUUUACGACCUCCUUCCUCCUCCUCUUCCUCCCCGUCUCCUCCAUUUUCUUUCCUCUAUAUUUCCAGGAAACUUGCAUUCCUUCCCAAUCCUUCCUUUUGCUUUCGUUUUUCCCUCCAACUUGUCCUCUCUCUCUGUUUCAAACUCUGUUCUCUAUGUCACAGAUUCAUGGAAGAUCCUCUAAUCUCUGUUAAUUCAUCUCUGUUUCCAGAUCCGUACCAACCCAGUUCACCUCACCUCACAUAAAUUCUCCUACCUCUUCAAUUUUUGGCCGUCCGAUCAGAAAACAUAAUCCACGCCGGCUGUUAUUGACCAAAAUCCACCAUGAAGACCCCAUCCCGGUUGUUCACGAUCGGUCUAGUGUCCUCCUGGUACUCCUCGAAUAUCGGGGUUCUGUUACUGAACAAGUACUUGCUAAGCAAUUACGGGUUCAAGUACCCGAUCUUCCUUACCAUGUGUCAUAUGACUGCUUGUAGUUUGCUUAGCUAUAUCGCCAUUGCAUGGAUGAAGAUGGUACCUAUGCAGACAAUUCGCUCUCGCCUUCAAUUCUUCAAGAUCGCUGCCUUGAGUCUCGUCUUCUGUGUAUCCGUUGUGUUUGGUAACAUUUCUUUGAGGUUCCUUCCCGUUUCUUUCAAUCAGGCUGUUGGUGCUACGACACCGUUUUUUACUGCUGUUUUCGCUUAUUUGAUGACCCUUAAGAGGGAAGCUUGGCUUACUUAUGUCACCUUGAUUCCCGUCGUUACUGGAGUAAUUAUUGCCAGUGGGGGUGAACCAAGUUUUCAUCUAUUUGGGUUUAUAAUGUGCAUUUCUGCUACGGCUGCAAGGGCACUCAAAUCAGUGUUGCAAGGGAUUUUGCUCUCUUCUGAGGGGGAGAAGCUGAAUUCUAUGAACCUCCUUCUAUAUAUGGCUCCUAUAGCUGUUGUCUUUUUACUCCCAGCAACUCUUAUUAUGGAAAAAAAUGUGGUUGGUAUUACACUGGCCCUUGCCAGAGACGAUGUCAAGAUUGUCUGGUACCUGCUAUUCAACUCAGCGCUAGCAUAUUUUGUAAAUUUGACCAAUUUUUUGGUCACAAAACACACCAGUGCUCUGACAUUGCAGGUUCUAGGAAAUGCAAAAGGGGCUGUGGCUGUUGUGGUUUCUAUUUUAAUUUUCAGAAAUCCAGUUUCCGUUACCGGAAUGCUUGGUUACACGCUUACAGUCUUUGGAGUCAUCCUAUACAGUGAAGCCAAGAAACGGAGCAAAUGAUGGGUAAAUCUCUGAAAGCACAAGGUGCAAAUUUCCAAAUAUAUAUUUUGUUUCCAUCAGUGCCAGGAAUGAAGCGACCUUCUUAGGCAGGGAGUUUGGGCUGUGAAUGGUGCUGUGGAUUUUGCCCUCUAAAUUCUAUUUUUUUUACAGUGAAACCUGGAGAUUGGUUUCCAUUUGUAUCAGCAACAAGUUCAGGAUUAGCAAGAAGUAGAAAACUCAAAUAAGCGACUGAUUUAUCUCUACUAGUCCCAGAUAGGGGUUGUAGAGGAAUUUCAUUUUAUCUUUUUUUUUUUUUUUGGUUAAUUCUUUGAAGAAAUGAUUGUAGAAUUGGCUCUCUAUAGAAUCAGUUUGUUAUUGAUAUUUUUCAUAUUGAUUAAUUAAUGGAAAAAAGGGUCAAAAUUAUUUUAA